UAAGUGGGGAUUCAGUAAAGUAGAUUAAAGUCUCAGUCCUAGAAAAGUAUUACACAAAACAAUGUGACUUAAAAUUGUCUCUCUUGAAAAAUUCACUUUAAUUUUAUCUGCACUUUCUCGUUAAAAUUGGCGUAUUCAAAAUCAAUUUAAAGAUAUUCCUUGUUUCGAGUGGCAAAAAAACAUGAUGGGAAUUUAUAAAAAUUUCCUUCUACUUUUAAUCAGUUUAUUACUGAUUGAUGCAAAAUCAUUGCAUGUCAAUAAUAAGUCGGAGAAAAAUUCAGUUGAAGUUUGUUCAUUACCGGACAGUUUAAUUGAAGAAAUUGAAUCAUACGAAGAAACUGUUAAUGAAAUUGUAAAAACAGCUGUCAAUGGCACAUUGAAAGGUUUCACAUGGAAGGAACUUGAGUUUUUUGUCGACAAAUUUGGUUCUCGAUUCACGGGCACGCAGAAUUUGGAAAAUUCUAUAAAUUACAUGCUCGAGAAAUCGAGGAAUUUGAGUUUGGAAAAUGUUCACGGUGAACCAGUUAUGGUACCGCAAUGGGUCAGGGGUUCAGAAUCAGCAACUCUUCUUCUACCUCGUCUGAAGGAUAUCGCGCUUUUGGGACUCGGAUAUAGUAUUGGAACACCGAUUGGUGGAAUUACAGCAUCGGUGAUAGUUGUUCGAAGUUUUGCCGAAUUGAAGCAAAGAAAAAAUGAGAUUCCGGGCAAAAUUGUCGUCUACAAUCAAGAAUUUGAGACGUAUGGAAAAUCGGUGAAAUAUAGAUCUCGAGGUGCUAGUGAAGCAGCAAAAUAUGGAGCUGUUGCUGCUUUAAUACGCUCAGUGACACCAUUUUCCAUGUACACACCUCAUACUGGAAUGAUGUCGUAUGCGGAAAAUAUAACGAAAAUUCCAGCAGCUUGCAUUACUGUCGAGGAUGCAAAACUUUUGUAUCGACUUCAAAAAAGGGGCGAGCCUCUGAAGAUAAAAUUAAAAAUGCAAGCGAAAAUGCUGCCGGAAUCGGAAUCGCAAAACGCUAUUGCUGAAAUACAGGGAAAUGUGGCACCCGAAAAAGUAGUUGUACUUUCCGGUCAUAUCGACAGUUGGGACGUCGGACAAGGGGCAAUGGAUGAUGGAGGUGGUGCUUUUAUUUCCUGGAGUUCUUUGGUGCUUUUGAAAAAAUUGAAUUUACGCCCGAAACGAACAAUAAGAGCCAUAAUGUGGACGGCUGAAGAAAUGGGCAUAAUUGGAGCCUCACAAUAUAUUAAAAAUCAUGAAGCUGAGAGAAAUAAUUUCCAAUUUCUCAUGGAAUCUGAUUUUGGUACUUUUAAACCUCUCGGAUUGGUUGUGAGUGGAAAUAAUGAUGUUCAAUGUAUUGUUCAAAAAAUCUUAAGUUUACUGAAACCCUUAGGAAAGUUAAAAGUUCAAAAAGGAAGUGAUGGCCCAGAUAUUGGAGAAUUAUUAAAAAUGGGAGUACCAGGCGCAUCAUUAAUGAAUAAAAAUGAGAAAUACUUUUGGUAUCAUCAUACGCAAGCCGAUACAAUCGAUAUCUAUAAAAAUACUGCCGAUCUCGAUCAAAAUACCGCUCUUUUUGCUGCCGUUGGAUUCGUAAUGGCUAAUUUAAGUAUUGAUCUUCCUCACGAAAUUCUUUCUCAAUAAUUCCUCAUUAACUCAUUAAUUUCUCAUUAAUAUACAAAAAUAUGUAAACAAAAAUCUCUCUAUAUUUACGAAAAAAAUGAUUUCUUCAAAUAUAUGAGGUAAUUUCUUUUUAUUAUAACAA